AUGUACAAAAGUUUCCUAUUUAGAAGGUUACCAUUAAAUUUAAUUAAACAUGAAUUUGUUUCUCAAGUGUAUGGAAUCCAAAAGGUUCCAUUGAAUAAUAGUCACCAAUGGGCUAGACAGCUUUCCAUAUCAUAUGUUUGCUGUAAGAAAAGGAGAUCGCCUGAAGAGAAGGAAGCAGAGAGUCAAGGCAGACAGUCAAUCAGGUAUUCCCCAAAAGGUGCUGAAGUUAUUGGCAUAUGGAGGAACAUGACUGUCCAAGAAAUUGCUAAUGUACUUCAUAAGGAUGUGGAUCAUGUACUAAAAGCCUUAGACUUUGCUGACAAGAAUUCUGAAGUAGCAUAUACAAAGGAUACUGUGAUACACAACCCACAGAUAAUUAGAGAUGUGGUCAAGAUAUCUGGCUGUAGGUUCAAGAUUGUGCCUAAGCCAGAACAGGAUUUGGAUGAAGAAGAGAAUAAAGACGCAGUACCAGCGCCGCCGGCUCCCCCUGAAGCACUCCGACCACGACCACCCGUGGUCUGUGUCAUGGGGCACGUCGACCACGGCAAGACUACACUGCUGGAUGCUCUCAGAGACACGUCUGUAGUCGAUCAAGAGUUUGGCGGGAUUACACAGCAUAUAGGAGCUUUUGAAGUACAACUAGCAUCAGGCGAGAAAGUAACAUUCCUAGACACGCCGGGUCACGCCGCGUUCACCGCGAUGCGGUCGCGCGGUGCGCACGCGACUGACAUCGUCGUACUUGUUGUGGCGGCCGAUGAUGGAGUCAUGGAGCAGACUGUCGAGUCUAUCAGGAUGGCCAGGGAGGCUAACGUACCAAUACUGGUGGCGAUCAACAAAAUCGACAAGCCAGGUGUGAACAUUGACCGAACAAUGCGCGCCCUAGCCACACAAGGCAUAGUUUGCGAAGCAUUAGGCGGUGAUAUCCAAGCGAUACCAGUAUCAGCGCUUAAGAAACAGAACCUAGACACGUUGGUAGAAGCACUGACGCUACAAGCUCAGCUCAUGGAACUGAAGGCGGAUCCUGGCGGUUACGUUGAAGGUGUCGUCAUCGAAGCUCAGCUGGAUCCGAGGACUGGCAAACAAGCAACAGUAUUAGUACAACGAGGAACGUUACGACGAGGGAGUAUCAUCGUGGCAGGUGCAGGAUGGGCUAAGGUGCGAGUAUUGAAUUCAGCAGAAGGUAGAGUGGUACAAGAAGCACCACCCUCAACUCCCGUGUCAGUGCUCGGCUGGAGAGAGCUGCCCUCUGCUGGGGACCAAGUUCUAGAAGUCAGCUCGGAGAAACGCGCCGGCGAGGUAAUGCGCUGGCGCCACACGCAGCGUAUGAAGGAGAAGCAGGCAGCCGACGUCGAGGUCAUCGCGGCCAAGGAGGCCUCGCACCAGCGCGCCUACUCGGCCCGCCUCGCACACAAGCGCGCGCUCGGCCGGUACAAGCUGCGCGCCGACGGCCCGCGACAGAAGAUGAUCCAGUACGACACGCAUCCCACGCUCACUGUCAUUGUCAAAGGUGACGUGGAUGGUUCAGUGGAAGCUAUACUGGACAUUCUGGAGACUUAUGACGAACAUGACAGGGUGAAGCUCGACUUGGUGCAUUUCGGAGUUGGACCUGUCACACCUAAUGAUUUGGAGACAGCAGAAGUAUUCAAGGCUGUGAUAUAUGCAUUCAAUGUAGACUGUCCGCCGGCUCUGACGGUGGAAGCCAAGAAGAAAAAGAUUCCAAUCAAACUCCACAAUAUCAUAUACCGACUGGUAGACGAUGUUAAAGAAGAAAUCAGCGCUAGGAUACCUAAGAGACUGGAGGAGGAGUUUGUAGGCGAAGCGAACGUGUUACAGCAGUUUAUAGUGACGGAGAAUAAGAAAAAAGUACCUGUAGCAGGGUGCCGGUGUGUUAAGGGGUCACUCGCCAAGAACGCGCUGUACAGGAUUAUAAGGGGACAGGAGGUCGUUUAUGAAGGUAAACUAGCAUCAAUGAAGCACUUAAAAGAUGAAGUUCCAACAAUAAAACGAGAUAUGGAAUGCGGGCUUCGUUUCGAGGAACCAUUCGACGUCCAGCCAGGAGACACAGUGGUCUGUUACAAAAUGGUAGAUGCGGCCGACACUACCGCGUGGGACCCCGGCUUCUAG